CGCAGGCAGCCGGGGACCGGGGGAGGUGACGGGCAGGGCCCUGCGGCUGCUGCGGCGCAGGAGGAUGCGGGGCCGCCGGGGUCGUGGCAGCGGAGGAGCGGCGGGCAGGUGACUGGCAGUUGCCCCCGGAACAGGGUAAUGCUUUUGUGAACCACAACUUUAAAUAUUCAGCCAACUACUCCUAUCAACAAGAGUAUCCCUGUUAAAUUUUGUAAUUUUUUCAAGAUGAGUCAUAGUAAAUUAAUUCCCAAGCUCUCUAUUCAAUCUCCUGUCCAUCAUAUCAACUUAAAGUUUCAGUCCACAGAACCACCUUUUAAGAAAGAAGACUUAUAUCUUAUUUCAAAAGACUCCUUGGAAUCUGAUUCAGAAAGCCUCACUCAAGAGAUUAAGGCCCUGUCUGAACUUGAAGACCUAAUCCAGGACAACAAUAUGGAGCCUGACAGCUUGGAGGAGGAUAGCUUGAGUGAGAUAGAAGAGGAAGCAAGCGGAAAAGCAGCUGAGAUGGACAGCAAGGACAACCUCCAUACCCAGGACAAUGGCGCAAAUAACAGCCAAAAACCAAAAGAAGACAAGUAUUCAGGUCUCCGAUAUGACCCAAACUGGAAGAAUAAGAAAGAGAAAGGGCUGUUGUUGACUGUGGAAGCAUUGCCAGAGUCUGCAGACAGUUCUAUAGAAAAUCUGACUGCAGAUCCUCUCUACCCUUCCAAGGAGACUUCAGUGGAACUCUUAGAGGGAAAAGGCGAACAGAAAAAGAGCCCGCAGAGCGAAGCCUCCUUACUUGGUAGUGAAUUUUUAAGCCCAAACUAUGAGCAUGGUGCCCAUCAUAGCAAGCAGUCUUCAGACCUGAGUGACAGUGAUAUGGAGAAGUCGAGCAAUCUCUCUCAGUACUUGAAGAGUUCAAGUUCACAUAAUGAGGUUUUCUUGCCAGGCUCACGUGGCCCUCGGCGAAGGAAGUCCAAACAAUAUUUUGUGGAAAAAAACAAGUUGACUUUGGGAUUACCCACUCCUAAAAUGGACUCUUAUCUUCAACUUCACAAUAAAAAAAGGGGGGAAACUCACUCAGUACAGAUCUUCUACUCAGUCAGAGUAACUGACAAGACGUGUACUGAGAAUGCCAAAGAGACUGAAAAUGCUGCUAUCGAUCCUGAAGACAAAUGGCACCAAAGAGCCCAACAGCUAAAGGAACACUGGUCUCAAUAUGAAAGUGAAAAAUCAAAUAAUGUACCAAGAGAUCAAUCUUCUGAAACCACUAAUGGCCAGCAGCAAUCUUCCAGAAGAGCAACCAAGCACAAGAUUCAGAAACAACAGAAGCACAAUCAUAGCCUGAAGUCUCUGAUAACUGAAGAGAUAGUUGUCAGUCGAGGAAACCAGAACAACACUCCCAGACAGCAACAAAACCAAAAUAAGCCUAUUGAUACUUCAAUAAAGCAUGAAACAAUUGUGAUUAUGAAUGCCCCUAACAAUGAUUUACAACACGCAAGUGCACUUAGGAGCCACGAUCCCAAAGUAACCUCCAAUAAAUUUGCUCCACCAUGGCGGCCUUUUGACAAGGUAUUAUAUAAAAACUCUAUUGGAUAUCACACAGAGAUGAAUUUUAAUAGAGAAAGAGAACAUAAAGACCAAGAAGAGAGAAGAUUUUCAUACCAGCAGCUACAUAUCAACAAUCUAUCCCAUAUGGACUUGAACUACCUUAAUGAACUCACUAAGAGACAAGUGCCCCUGAGCCAGAAAGGCUUUCAGCUUGUUUCUAACAUAAAUGUUAAUGGAGCAACUGAAAAUAAGAAGAAACCCAGACAAACUUAUACAGAGACAAAAUAUAAGAACUUGGAAAUAUUAUGGAAAAUCCAUUCUUCCUCCGACGGGGAACCUGCUAGAACAUCUCCAGAUUCACGGCUUGCUCAGAUCAUGGAGCAGCAUCAGCAAGCUUUAAUGCAACUGACUGAGGUGCAGCCUAAUGAAGGGGCCUUAUCCGGCGUCACAUUUCCACCCAUAUUGUCAAGGGUAAAAAGUGAAUCCCAACUCAGUUCAGAGAGAAGCCAAAGAAACCAAAUGAAAAUUAGUCGUAACAAUUCUGAAGGCUAUCUGCUUCAACUGGAAAAAGGAAAAAAGCAUAGGAAAAGAAGCAGCAUGAAGAGUUCCAAGCUGAAAGAUUAUCAGAAAACAGACAUGAAGCUUGGAGGCCUUGGACCUGACUUUGAGUCCAUCAGAGACAAAAUGCAGAAAUUAAUACAACAAAAGGAAUAUGCAAAACAAGUUAAGGAGUACAACAUGAAGGCACUAUCCAUUCUGUCAAAACCACAAACAAAAACUGAGAAUAAAUCUGCCAUCCCUCGGCAGAAGGCUUUGGAAUACGCAAAGACCAUCCCAAAACCCAAACCUUCAAGUUUAACUGAUCAAGUGUCAAAGGAAAAGAAAAAUUCAACCUAUGCUGGAAAAGAAGCCACUUUACCUGAAAUCUCACUGCUGGAAAUAUUGCAGAGCAGACACGAAAGGGAGAAACAAGCUGUGGCUGCUUUCAGAGUCCUUCACAUUGUAUAGACACAUGUAGGAGACUGGAAACACCCGGGGAGUGUACAUGGAGAAAAGAAACUUCAAGCAACCUCUCUGCAUUGAGGGUGAUGAAGUAAUGUCAUCAUUGAACUGGAGUCCAUGUUUGCUUUCUACAGGAUUUAAAACAUGGGGCUCUCUUACAUUAUGGUGUCAUAUUUUACUUUCUAGGAAGAAUUCUUUUUGAUUAUUUAUUUUCAAAUCAGUUAGAAUUUGGGCUAAAUAAGAACUACGGAAUAAAGUAUUUUGGUUUUAUAUUGCA